GAUCGGUGAAGCUCCGGAGCGCCGAGAGGGUGGGUGGGGGAUGUUGCGUUGCGAUUCCGAGCUCGAACCGGAGAGAAUUGACCGCUUUGUUUCGGCUUCUAUCCCCAAAAUACUCUCGGUGAAUCCUAAUGUGUCGCUCUCCCAGUCCAAUCCGUCCAGUUGAGUUCAUUGGGGAUAGUUCAAUUACUGCGUUAUAGAGUGCGUAUUGGAAUUUAUUUUCAAGAAAUUAAUUUUUGGGAGUGUGUUCUUCUGCUGUGCUGGCCUGUGUGGUGGUUGCUAGAUUUGGAAGAUGAAGCGCAAGCGCGCGCGUAAGGUGGGAAAGAAAGCCAAGUCGAAAACCGCCACCGCGGAUGCUUCCCCAAAUUCCCUCUCCAGCCCAAGCACCAUAGAUGCUUCCCCAAAGUCCCCUUCCAGCCCAAGCACAGAGGAGAAUGACAUCAGCCCAGCACAUCAGGCAGAUGAUCCACCUGUUAUUGCUCCACCGGGGCCUGAACCAGCACCUCCUGAGCCAGAGAAGCCAGCUGCGCCUGCUGAUGUACAGAGUGCUAAGCCGAAAGUCUAUAGCAGAGUCAGGUUGAAGUUCAAAUCUGCCAAAGUGUUGGAGACGCACCAGAGUUCUUCAGAAGCAAAAGCACCUGCUGACGCCACUGGUAAACCUGCUAGUGCUGCGCCUGUGCCUGAAGCAAACAAAGAAGUUGCAGAGAAGGCCACUGUCUCACCGGAUGGACAGAAAGAUGUGCAGACAUCAGACUUGAGUAGUUCUGAUAAGGAUAAGGUGGCAAGAAAAAUAUCAAGCAUCAAGAUCAAGUCUGCAGGAUUAUCUUCCAUGGAAGAUAAAAAUCAGGACAGAAAAACUGAUUCAGUCAUUGAGACUCUUCCAAGCAAGCAGGAAACUGUAUUGGAAAAUGGGGAAAGCGAGACUGCUUUGGAGCCGAGAAGCCCACAAGAGUUGGAGGUAAAGGAGGCCACACCAGAACGUCAGCGAGAUGACAAAGAGCUAACUGCUGCACUUGAAGCUAUUAAGAAAGUCAUGAAGAUGGAUGCAGCUGAGCCAUUCAACACACCGGUGGAUCCUGUUGCUUUAGGAAUACCUGAUUAUUUUGAUAUUAUUGAUACUCCUAUGGAUUUUGGCACAAUAUGUAAAAAUCUAGAACGUGGUGAUAAGUAUAUGAACUCGGAGGAUGUGUAUAAGGACGUGCAAUUUAUAUGGGAUAAUUGUACCAAGUACAACAGUAAGGGUGAUUAUAUUAUAGAGCUUAUGAAACGAGUGAAGAAGGGAUUCAUGAAAAAUUGGCUGGCAGCAGACUUGUAUUCUGACUUCCAGGAAAAUGGUGGCAAUGACAACACAGGUGAUGAGGAUGUGAAAGGUAAUUCGAAAGGCAAGUCUAAGCAAAAACGGCGACGCCUAGGGAAUGAUCGACACAAAAAUGACUGUGCAUGUGCUGUUUGCCAAGUUACACGCCGCAAAAAGGAAAAGGACGAAAUAUUGGCUGUCAUUGAAAAUGAAACUGCUGCAAUGAAUAGUAACAUUUCUGACCAGCAAAUCAUGGAGGUAGACUCAGGCAAUAAUAACCCUGGUAGUCAUGACACUACCUCUAGUCAGGAGCAACUGCUACAAACUGAUUCAGGGAUUCAGAUAGAAAAUCCUGUGAAAUUCUUCAACAGCCAGACAUUGCGACCUGAUUAUGAGGAUGAAGGCUCCAGACAAUAUUUUGAGGAAAAAGAAGAGGUAGAUUAUACAGAUUUGAUCAGUCAGGAGGAACAUACAUCCAGUCAGCCCAAUGAUGGCUCCGAAGUUGCACAGCACCAACAUAAGGAGACAACAGAAACCAGCCAAGAGAUUGAAAUGGAAGAUUAUCCUAUUCAGCAGCAGAACAACUCAUUCUUGCAGCUCUGCGCACAGCUUUUCCCUAGCAACAGCCAGAGUUCUGUUUUCAGGGGACGCCAUUCUCUGUUCCGUCAACAACAGCGGCAGGUUUCAAUUAAGGAAAGCCCCCUGCAUGCGGCCAUAACAUCGAUAAUGAAACGAUAGGAAUUAUGUCGAUCCAGUGUCUGCUUAGCAGCAAGUGGUUUCGUGUAAAGGAAGCUCAAGGCAGCAGCGUUGUGACUUUGGGAAGGAAAGCUGUACCCUGAAGUCAUGGGAGCUGGUUGGAAUGAAUCAGGUUAGUUGAAACAUUUCUUUGAGCUUUCAGAGGGCUCUUGCAUGAUUUAGGUACGAAAUUAGUUGGGAGAUACCUGUCUAUUGUAUGGGAAUUCUCUUUAUGUACACUACAAUUUUGUAUCAGUCAAUCUAAUCGUGAUAAUCACAUGUCGAUGGCCACAUUGCUUGCCGCCCUGGCGUAGGGGUUGUACUGAACCCUUAUAAUUGUAUUGGUGUCAAGGAUUUAAUUAGUAUUUGAGCUGAUUCUUCUUCUGUC